AUGGAGUCAAGCAACAUUGGUCAGAUUUUAUAUGCUACCGUAGAUCCCAAUAUAAAUAUUCGUUCAGAAGCAGAAAAUAAAUUAAAGCUAGCUAAGGAAAGUAAUUUCGUUCAAUAUAUAAAUCAAUUAUCUAAUGAAUUUUGUAAAAGUGAGAAUGAUCCAUAUUUAAGACAAAUAGCGGGUUUAUUAAUAAAGAAUGCUUUUACUUCAAAAGAUAAUUAUGAGAGUGAAGAAAAAGCUAGGACAUGGUUAAAUUUUCCAGAAGAUAUAAAAAUGGAAUUAAAAAAUAAUUUAUUAGUUUUGUUAAGUCAACAAAGUGAUAAGAUAGUUAUAGGUACAGCUUGUCAAAUAAUAUCUAUAAUAGCUAAGAUUGAAUUAUCACAUAAUAAAUCAUCUGAAUUAUUACAUAAGUUAGUUAAUAAUAUAAUUGAAAAAAAUGCUUAUACAAAAAAAUCAUCAACAGUAUGUUUAGCUUAUUUAACAGAAGAUAUUGCUGAUGUAUGUAAUGAUAGUAAAACAAAAUAUGCAUUCACUCAACCUGAUUUAGAUUUAAUAUUAACAGCAAUAAUUAAUUCUUUAUGUGAACCUGCAGAAGAAUCAACUCAUUGUGCAAAUAUGAAAGUAUUAUAUAAUUUAAUGUCAUUUAUUGAACAUAAUUUUAAAACUCAAGUUGAAAGAGAUAUAAUAAUGAAAACUGUUAUUGAUGGUUGUAAAGAUACUGAACGUCAAAGUGUACAAAUUGCAGCAUAUGAAUGUUUAAUAAAUAUUGUAAGCUAUUUUUAUUCUUAUUUAGAUGCAUAUAUGUAUGCUAUAGGUCCCUUAACAUGGGUAGCUAUCGAAUCAGAAAAUGAAAGAAUAGCAAUCAGUGCAAUUGAAUUCUGGAAUACUGUUUGUGAAGAAGAAACAUUUAUAGAUCAAUAUGAAUUACAAGAAGGAAAAAAAAAUCAUAAUAUUGUAAAACAGGCAAUGGUAUUUUUAUUGCCGAAAAUAUUUAAUGCAAUGAUAACACAAGAAAGUGAAGAUAUGGAUAUAGAUGCAUGGACAUUAUCUAUGGCAUCAGCAACAUUUUUAGCUUUAAGUGCACAAUUAUUAAAAAAUGAUAUAGUAGAACCUGUCAUAUCAUUUGUAGAAGAAAAUUUUAUACAUGAAGAUUGGAGAAGAAGAGAUGCAGCUGUCUUAGCUUAUGGUUCUAUUAUGGAAGGUCCAGAUACUGAAAAAUUAAAACCUUUAGUUGAAGAAUCUGUUGGACAAUUAUCUGAAGUAUUAAGAGAUCCAUCUGUUGCUGUUCGAGAUACAGCUGCAUGGACUAUAGGGAAAAUAACUACAUAUCAUUCUGAGAUUAUAUAUAAUGUAUUAGGAAGUUAUAAUGAUAGUAAUUCUUUAUAUGGAAUAUUAUUAGAAAGAUUAAAUGAUUACCCAAGAGUAGCGGCUAAUGUAUGUUGGGUUUUUAAUCAGUUAGCUGUAAAUAAAAGAACUUCAUAUAAUAAAAUGACAAAUACUUAUGUAACAGAUUUAGAUGAUUCCUUUUGUGUAUUGUGUAAAAAAUUAAUUGAUGUAAGUUCAAGAGAAGAUUCUGAUAUAAGAAAUUUAAGAGAAGCAGCAUUUAAUGCUUUAAAUGUAGUUAUAUUAAGUGUAUCUGAUAAUUGUUUAAAAUAUAUGAUUGAAUUAUUAUCACAUAUGAUGUAUUUAUUAACAAAUACAUAUUUAAAUCCACUAACGGAAGAAGUAAAAUCAUUACAAGGAUAUUAUUGUGGAACUAUGCAAUUUAUAAUUAAUAGAUUAGGUAAUCAAUGUAAACCAUUUUUAAAACCAAUUUAUUUAAGUAUCUUUAGAUUAUUUGAAAUAAGAACAGAUAUAUGUGAAGAUGCUUUAUUAGCUUGUAGUGCUAUUAUUAAUGUUAUGGCUGAAGAUUUUAGAGAGCAUUUAAAAACAUUUUUAAAUGUUAUAUUUAGAGGAUUAAAAAAUGUUUCUGAAACAUCAACAUGUAAAAUAUGUAUAGAAAUGAUAUCAGAUAUAUGUAUACCAUGGACAUCUGAAUAUGAAAAAGAAAUGGAAUUGAUACUUGAAUGCUUAUGGGAGGCUCUUAAAACUUUUGGUGUACAUGAUUCUAUAAAAAUUAGUAUUCUAACAGUAUUAGGUGAUAUAGCUACAGCAUUAAAUAGAAGCUUUUCCAAAUAUCUUAAUUUCUUUGCAAAUAUAUUAUCAGAGACAUCUAAAAUUACUAUUACUUCAGGAUCACCUGAUAGUGAUGAUUGGGUGAAUUAUGUUUUUGAAUUAAGAGAUGCAAUUUUAUUAACUUAUAGUAAUAUUAUUUAUGCACUUAUAGAUGGAAAUGAAAUAAAUAAACUAAAACCAUAUAUACCAAAUAUUCUAGAUUUUAUUGAAUUAAUAUUAAUUAAAGAAAUUAAUCAUUUUAAUGCUCAAAAUUUUCAGAACUCGGUAUCUUUAUUAGGAGAUCUUGUGCAUGCAUAUGGAUAUGAACUAAUAGAAAAUUCCAAGCUAACUGAUUUAAUUAUAUCUGUAUAUGGAAAAAUUGAUAUUUUAUCUAGUCAAGGAGAUGAAAAAUGUGAAACCUGUGUUUCAAAAAUAAAAUGGUUGAAAAGAAUUUGUAAUGCCAGAUUAUCACAGAAAUGA